AUGCAUCUGGCCCGACGGAGCCGCCUGGCCCGAGCCUCGCCGGGGGGCGCCCCCAGGGGCAGGGCGGCGGGGGCCCUCUUGGCCGGAGCCACCGAGGAGGCCCUGAUCGCCGCCGCCGCCUUGGAGAAGGAGCAGCUGCAGCAGCAGCAGCAUCAGUAUCAGGGGCUCCUGGCCCAGGGAGCGGGCAGGCAGCCAGGGGGUCCCCCUGGGGGCUUCGUGCUCCUGCUGCCCCCGCCCCCGAACCCAGAUCCCCUGGGCUGCCCCCUCCUCCAACACAGGGAGCCCGCCGCCAGCGCCGGCUGCGAGGGAGGCAACCCCCGCCACCACUGGCUGGCCACCGCCGGACGGGGAGGGCGCCUGCCUGGCAGCGCUGCGGCCACGACGCCCAACGCCAUCCCCGCUCCCUCUCCAUCGCCUCUGCCUCUGGCCCCGGCCCCGCGCCUGCUUCCGGCCUCCGCCUCCGCCAUGGCCGCCAAGGAGAGGCCCCGGAGCAAAGCCGCCCCCAAGGAGAGCCUCACCCUCCUGCCCUGCUUCUACUUCGUGGAGUUACCCAUACUGGCAUCUUCUGUUGUUAGCCUCUAUUUCCUCGAGCUUACGGAUGUCUUCAAGCCAGUUCACUCUGGAUUCAGCUGCUAUGACAGGAGUUUGAGUAUGCCAUACAUUGAACCUUCCCAAGAGGCUGUUCCUUUCUUGAUGUUGCUCAGUCUGGCUUUUGCUGCACCCGCCAUUACGAUCAUGGUGGGCGAAGGCAUUCUCUACUGUUGCCUUUCAAAACGGCGGAACGGUAUCGGCACAGAGCCCAAUAUUAAUGCAGGGGGCUGCAAUUUCAACUCUUUCCUCAGGAGAGCUGUCCGUUUUGUUGGUGUCCAUGUAUUUGGCCUUUGUGCCACAGCUCUCAUCACUGAUAUUAUACAGCUGUCGACUGGGUAUCAAACACCAUAUUUCCUGACUGUAUGCAAGCCUAACUAUACAUCCCUCAAUGUAUCCUGCUCUGAAAAUUCUUACAUUGUGGAGGAUAUUUGCUCAGGACCUGAUCCCAUGAUCAUCAAUGAUGGAAGAAAGUCAUUCCCUUCACAACACGCCACCCUGGCAGCCUUUGCAGCUGUGUAUGUCUCGAUGUACUUCAAUUCAACAUUAACUGACUCCUCUAAGCUUCUGAAACCACUUCUGGUAUUUGCAUUUAUCAUCUGUGGGAUUAUUUGUGGACUGACUCGCAUCACCCAGUACAAAAGCCAUCCAGUUGAUGUUUAUUGUGGCUUUUUAAUUGGGGGUGGAAUUGCCCUUUACUUGGGCUUCUAUGCUGUGGGGAACUUUCUACCAAGUGAAGACAACAUGUUUAAUCAAAAUCCACACCGAGAACCAUUGAGGUCUUUGACUGACCUGAGCCAAGAUGCCAACAGAAUCUUACCAGGGAAAAACAGUACCAGCAAUGAUGCCAUUUCCACUCACCACACUGAGAGUAUGUUGAACAGAAACCACAGAGACACUGGCUCUCUGACUAACCUCAAAAGGGCAAAUGCUGAUGUGGAGAUUAUAACACCUCGAAGUCCAAUGGGGAAGGAGAACAUGGUAACUUUCAGCAACACUUUGCCAAGAGCCAACACACCUGCAAUGGAAGAGUCAGCUCGAAGGAAUGCAACUAUUCAUGCAUCUAUGGAUUCAGCCCGUUCAAAACAGCUUCUGUCUCAAUGGAAGAACAAGAAUGAAAGCCGGAAGUUGUCCCUGCAGGUGAUAGAAACAGAUUCUGGACAGUCACCACCUCGAGCAAUAGAAAUGAGGUCAAGCUCUGAGCCAUCUAGAGUGGGUGUCAAUGGAGAUCACCAUGGCCCUUCCAGUCAAUACCUAAAAAUUCAGCCUGGUAGCAUGCCAGGUUGUAAUAGUGCUGGCCUGUCUGGUGGGCCAAGGGUUUCCAUUCAGUCACGCCCAGGUUCUUCACAGCUUGUGCAUAUCCCUGAAGAGACACAGGAAAAUGUUAGCACGUCUCCCAAAACAAGUUCAGCUCGAGCUAAGUGGCUGAAAGCUGCCGAGAAAACGGUUGGGUGCAGAAGCAACAGCCAGCCAAGAAUCAUGCAGGUCAUUGCCAUGUCAAAGCAACAAGGAGUCCUUCAGGGCAGUCCAAAGAGCUCUGAAGGUAGCACAGUCACCUGUACUGGAUCAAUCCGAUAUAAGGCCUUGACAGACCAUGAGCCGAGCAGUAUCGUUAGAAUAGAGGCCCACCCUGAGAACAACAGACCCAUCAUUCAGAUGCCAUCAGAAGGAGAAGGGAGUGGCUCAUGGAAAUGGAAAGCCCCUGAGAAAGGAAGCCUUCGUCAAACGUAUGAGCUCAAUGAUCUCAACAGAGACUCUGAGAGCUGUGAAUCUUUGAAAGACAGUUAUGGAUCUGGGGACAGAAAAAGAAGUAACAUCGAUAACAGUGAGCACCAUCACCAUGGCCUCACCACAAUAAGGGUCACACCAGUAGAAGGCAGCGAGAUUGGUUCAGAGACCCUGUCCAUUUCCUCCAGCCGUGAUUCUACACUUCGGAGAAAAGGUAAUAUCAUUUUAAUCCCAGAAAGAGGCAGCAGUCCAGAAAACACCAGGAACAUCUUCUAUAAAGGGACAUCGCCUACAAGAGCUUACAAAGAAUGAGAGCCGGUGCUUUGGUGGAACCAUGCCACUAACAAUCAAUAUUUUUUGGUACAAGCUUUGUGCUCUCUCCUUAUUUUAUUUUUGAGCUGAUGCUAAAAUAUUCUUGAUGUGCCAAAAUAUCGACCAUCAGCCUGACUGUUUAUGGAUGUUGCUGAUGUGUAGUGAUUGUGCAUGAAUUUGUGGAUUUCAUGUCGCAGGGGGGGAAAGCACAAUGCAAGAACCUGAUGAAUGGGAAAUUUCUUAACAGUGUUUUUUCUUUCCAGAGACUAAAAAAAAAAAAAAAAUUCCAAUGGGAAUGAUGUCAACAAAAACAGCAAACCUAAAUACAGACACCUUAAUUCCUGAAUGUGCCAACUUUUUGAUUUAUAUAUGUCUAACGACAAAAGGAGGUGAUUUUUUUAAAAAGUAAAAAAGUAAAAGUUGUACCAGUGUUGUACUUCAACUUUGCAGGUUUUGCACCAAAAUUUAAUACAAGUCGGUGCUGAUUCUAACCUUACCUUUUUAAACAACGUACAUACUUGCUCUACAGACACAUGAUGUUUUGAUAUGUAAUUCCUUUCCAAGUGAUAUUGUUGAAAAUUAUGAUGUUGGCUGCAUUCAUUUAGAGUAGAAAAUAAAAUAUUGACAGCUUUGUUAUAGUGGAAUGUUCACAUUAAAAGAUAGAAAAGGUUUUGUGUAUUCUUUGAAGUGGAGCAAAAACAGACGUUGAUGAUAUUCCAUGAAAAUGGAUCAAUAUCUCUCCGGAUUAGCUUUUCUGCUUCUCUCCAAAAUAUGUUUAGUUACAGGUGCUAAAAACCAAGAGGUCACAUCUUAGUGAGUUAACCUGGGCAUAGUUGAAAUAUUGUAGUAAUCAUUAAAAAAAAACAGGGAUCCCUUUCAGAAAUAAUUCAUAUCUUUCAUAUUUUAACAGCUUUUCAGUUUUUCUUAAUGUUGAUCGUUCUGUUUUGUUUUUUUUAAAAAUUGAUCAUGGAAUAGCUAGUGCGUUUCAUUGAUAAUUGCACCUUUGUUGUGAAAAUGAAAAUAACAACAGGCUGCAUAAUUCAUUUGCAAGACUGGUCAGGUACAGGAAUGGCCUUGAUGGGGCUAGAGCUCAUCUUUCUGUGUGCAUCCUCUCCUUUCUUUUUAUCCUGCCAACAGCUGAGCUGCAGCUAUUGUCUUCAGGAGUACCUUGAUCCUGAUAAUGUAGCACAACUGAAGAAGCCAGGAUGCCCCAGCAUGCUUACUUUGGGCUGGUAAAAUGGCCUGUGGUGAUGAAGGCAGAAAGAUAGUGGUAGCAAAGCACCCAAUGGGGUUUCCAAGGUGCCGCAUCCUAUCUCUGUGGAGGUUUUGCCAUCUUAAGCAUGCAGAGCAAGGUGAUACUAAACAGAGUAUUUUUUCUUCUUUCUUGCCUCAUUAAAGAAUACUUGCCUUCCUUUGCAUUUAUGAUAUCCUACAUGGCAUAAAGCUAGUUUAAUAAGGAUGGCAGCAAUAGAUGGGGCAGCUAGUAGCUGGUAGACUCUGAAGGCUUGAUGCCUUGGACAAAUGCCGCAGGGAUGUAGCCAAGGGGGGGGGAUCUUGGGGUCCGGACCCCCCCCUCCAUUAGAAAAAUGAAUGGUGUGUGCUGCUGCGCCGCCGCACUCAAGCCCCAUUAUAAUGGUGGCUCUUAGUCUGGACCCCCCCUUCCUAAAAUCCUAGCUACGUCCCUGAAUGCCGUAUCCUGUGGAUGGGCUGACUCUGUCAUUUAGGGCAAGUUAUGAAACUCAUAUUCAAACUCACAUUCAGAAGUGGCUGUCUCACUUUUUUGGCUGUGUACAUCAUAACUACUGAACUAUUCAUUGCAUAUUCAGCUGGGUAGUCUUUAUUAUAAAAUUUUGGAAUGGCUCCUAGCAGCCAAGUGCUACAUUGUACAAAAGAUUAUACUCAAUGAACAGUCUCUUAACAGAGCUUUUAGUUAAGGAGCUGAAAAUUUGUUGUUGUUUUUGUCACUGUUUUUAACUUAGCAUGAACUCAUUUCAGGGAAGUGAGAUGCCAGUGAGAUAGUUUACUAAGGAGAAAAUUGACUAGUUUGAAGCUAUUAAAACUAAUGUAAUAUGCCAUGAAAGAUACACAAGGUUAUCUAGGAUAAUAGUUCCCAAACCUUGGCCCUUAAACUGCAGCUCUCAGAUUUCCUAACUGUUGGCCAAAGUGACUGUGGCUUCUGGGAACUGAAGUCCAAAAGACUUGGAGGACCAAAGUUUGGGCAUUGCUGAUCUAGGAUCAUAGUUCAGUUGUGGUAUCCAGGCAUAGACAAGCCUCUCUAUUUCCUAGUCUCAUGUCACUUUCCACAUUUCUGUCAUAGAUCUGUUCUGUCUUGUUUCUGCAUUAAUCUAUAAUGUUUUAUGGUCUCACAAGAAUUUGCAUUUAAAUUGUUAUGUAGACACACAGGACUAAAUCCUAUUGCUUUUUUUACAACUAGACGAGAUACACUGGAUCAAUGGAAUUUACCCAUUUUUUGACAAAUCGUUCAGCAUUUGAGUUAAUGGAUCUAUUCUAGUUAGGACUAACCAUUUUUAAACAUAUUUUGAAACACUUUUGUAGCUGAAAAAUGCAUCAGACCAUUUGGGAAUAUUAAAAUCCAUUUGAUAAUUUAAGUUCCAGGAUUGGUAGGUCUGGUCAAUUUAGAUCACAAUUUGAUUUUCCAAGCAUCCCGAUCUAUACCCAGCUAAAAUACUCAGUCAUAAGAGCAUCUGCCAUCUGUGGAAAUUAUAGGUGUCUCCACAAUUCACUGAACUAAAAAAAAACAAAAAACCCAAACUUAGAUUGUAAUCAUUUUCGUUCUUUUCACCUACCCAAAUAGAAUAAUAUCAACUCAGUGUUGCUAUAUAUUAUUUCCCACCACCCCUCUGAGAUGUUGAGGGUCAUUUUAGCCUCCAGAGAUUGCCCAGAGGGUUUCAGAACUGAACAGAAAUUUCAUUCUGAAUUUCCUCCAUCCAUCCUUCCAAGUAGCUGUGAUUCUCCAGGACCUCAAAAGAGAGAUCCUUCCAAGCCCUCUCCCAAGGAAAGAUCCUUUAAAUGAUCCAUGACGAUGAUGAUGAUGGAACCAGGAUUUUAUGCAUAUAAAAGAUAUACUCUUCCACAGGAAGGAAGUAUAAUUGCUAAAUUUAUUUCAAAAAAAAAAUUGCAAGCACAUCAUCUGUGAGCACAUCACACAGGGAUCCAAGGGAGCAGGCUGGGGUUAACAUCAUUCAUAUGGAAAGGCAAACCAUUGGCUCACACCUUUAAGAACUAAGCAGGGCUGCAUGUUGGGAUACACUUCUGUAUGUAUAUCAGCAUCCCGUUCCUACCAACCCUUUGUUGGCUAUCAAACCUGAAAUUCCCAAUCCAGCUCAGGGAUCCAGGAUGUGCAGCCCUGAUUCCUGGAUGCAGGCAUCCAGCCUAGAGCUUCAUUCUCUUGCACUUACCGAUCCCAAACCUACAUAUAAAUCAACAGAGAUCCCCUGGCUGGAUUGGGGGGUUGUUUACAACUUACAGGAUUUAUAAGCAUUUCUUUUUUCUUAAAAAAAAUUGUAUACAAGACUACAUAUUUGCAAAUGUCUCCUUGAGUUUAUCAUUUUUCCACACAUUUUAAAUAACUGUAGACACUUUGCUUGAUGAAGGAUUACAGCUUAGUUUGGCUACAUUACAUAGAAAAUAUUUUGAAAGAAUAGGUCACUCGCUGCUGGCCUGGAAAUAUAAUGAGAGAGUUUAGAGAUAUUAAUAAAUUGGUAAUCUAAGAAAGAGAAAUGAUGAUUAAGAGCACAAUCCUAGGCAUAUCUGCUCAAGAGUUAGGUCUAUUCUGUUCAAUGGAACUUACUCUCAGGUAAGUGUAUAUAGGAUUGUAGUCUAAGUAGCUGCAAUAAUUCAAGGAUGGACAAAAAGACCUUCUUUUAAAAAAGCAGCUUGUUUUGUCAACAGCACAUGCAUUUCCUUUGAUGGAAAUAGUUGAUUUGUUUUUUUUUUUUAAUUAUUAUUUAUUUAUUUAUUUUUGCCAUUCGUUAAAUUAGGUUACCAUAUAUAAAGAUAUCAUGAGUUACUUUUCAGACUCAGAAAUUCACUGCAUCCUUUCCAAUGCAGUGUGAUAUUUUUCCUAUCUAAGCCUUUUCCUACUUCCUAGCGAUCAAUUUUAAAACACUUGCAAAAUCAUUGUAAUUGCAUUCUUUACAUAAAAUAUUGAAAAUACUCUUUUUUUACUCAGAAGUGCCAAAGGCUACUCUUUUUAAUAAUGGCUUCUCAGAAACAGAAUUACGUUCAAGAACAAAAAAAAAGUAAUAAAGAUAUACCUAGGAAUUCUAACUUUUCUGAGUAUAUCGAUUAUGGAGCCUUUUGUAAAAUGAACCUUUGUUUACAUUCCACUGAUACCUUAAUUUCAGACAAAUCAAAUAAAUCAACAGGUGGCAUCUUCUAAUUCUUUUCUUACUUGCUAAAACAGGCACCUAUUUCUUUGUUAGGCUGUGCUUUACUAAGAAAAAAAAUGGAUAAAAUCCAAAAUAUGUUUUUAAAUAAGAAUUCUAUAUAAAGUAUUGUGUUCUAUUAAUAAAAUGUUAUGCACUGUUUUAAAAUGAAGACAAAAAAACUAUUUGUAAAUUGCUAUAAAUGUAUUUUGUUAAAUCAGGACAGAAUCAAUGCUACUGUGUGAGUUUACUGUGCUAAUAUCAUUUUAAAAAUAAAUAUUAAAUUCUUCAUUCAA